AUGGAUUCCCAGCGGGAGCUCACAGAGGAACUGCGGCUUUACCAAUCCACCCUUCUUCAGGAUGGUCUAAAAGAUCUCCUGGAAGAAAAAAAAUUCAUCGAUUGCACCCUAAAAGCAGGUGACCAAAGUCUUCCUUGCCACAGAUUGAUUUUGUCAGCUUGUAGUCCUUACUUCCGUGAGUAUUUUUUAUCUGAAAUUGAUGAGGGGAAAAAAAAGGAGGUAGUAUUAGAUAACGUGGAUCCUGCUGUACUGGAUUUAAUCAUCAAGUACCUGUACUCCGCCAGUAUUGAUCUCAACGAUGGAAAUGUACAAGAUAUUUUUGCCCUGGCCAGCCGCUUUCAGAUCCCUUCAGUGUUCACUGUCUGUGUUUCUUACCUUCAGAAAAGACUUGCUCCUGGUAACUGUCUAGCCAUCUUAAGAUUAGGACUUCUUCUUGACUGCCCGAGACUCGCCAUCUCUGCCCGUGAAUUUGUGUCUGAUCGCUUUGUACAGAUUUGUAAGGAAGAGGACUUUAUGCAACUAUCUCCACAGGAACUGAUCUCAGUCAUUUCAAAUGACAGCCUAAAUGUAGAAAAGGAAGAAGCAGUAUUUGAGGCAGUGAUGAAAUGGGUGCGAACAGACAAAGAAAACAGGGUUAAAAACCUUAGCGAAGUGUUUGAUUGCAUCCGUUUUCGCCUUAUGACAGAAAAAUAUUUUAAAGAUCAUGUUGAGAAAGAUGAUAUAAUUAAAAGCAACCCAGAACUCCAGAAAAAAAUCAAAGUUCUCAAAGAUGCCUUUGCAGGCAAACUCCCAGAACCCAGCAAAAAUACAGAGAAGGCUGGGGCUGGUGAGGUGAAUGGGGAUGUUGGUGAUGAAGAUUUACUUCCCGGUUACCUGAAUGACAUUCCCAGGCAUGGAAUGUUUGUCAAAGACCUCAUCCUCUUGGUUAAUGACACAGCUGCCGUGGCUUAUGAUCCCACAGAAAAUGAAUGUUACCUUACUGCAUUGGCUGAGCAGAUUCCCAGAAAUCAUUCUAGCAUCGUUACCCAACAAAAUCAAGUGUAUGUGGUAGGAGGACUAUAUGUGGAUGAAGAAAAUAAAGAUCAACCUCUACAGUCCUACUUCUUCCAGCUUGAUAACAUAGCAUCUGAGUGGAUUGGACUUCCGCCUCUGCCUUCAGCCAGGUGUCUCUUUGGUCUGGGAGAGGUAGAUGACAAAAUCUAUGUAGUUGCAGGCAAAGACCUUCAAACAGAGGCUUCGCUGGAUUCAGUAUUAUGCUAUGAUCCCGUGGCUGCAAAGUGGAAUGAAGUUAAAAAACUGCCUAUCAAAGUCUAUGGCCACAGUGUGAUAUCACAUAAGGGGAUGAUAUAUUGUCUAGGAGGAAAGACAGAUGACAAAAAGUGUACAAACAGGGUGUUUAUCUACAACCCAAAAAAAGGAGACUGGAAGGAUCUGGCUCCAAUGAAAACCCCCCGUUCCAUGUUUGGAGUGGCAGUGCAUAAAGGCAAAAUUGUGAUUGCGGGAGGUGUCACUGAAGAUGGUCUUUCAGCUUCAGUGGAAGCUUUUGACCUCACAACCAAUAAAUGGGAGGUAAUGACUGAAUUUCCCCAAGAAAGAAGUUCCAUCAGUUUGGUCGGCCUAGCUGGGUCCCUGUAUGCCAUCGGUGGUUUUGCCAUGAUUCAACUGGAGUCCAAAGAGUUUGCACCCACUGAAGUCAAUGACAUAUGGAAGUAUGAAGAUGAUAAGAAAGAAUGGGCUGGGAUGUUGAAGGAAAUACGUUAUGCUUCAGGAGCUAGUUGCCUAGCAACACGUUUAAACCUCUUCAAACUGUCUAAACUAUAA